AUGUCGCUACGCAUCGUCCCCUCGCACGAAAACGCCUCGUCAUUUUCCCCCGCGCACACCUCGUCGGCCCCCUCAGCGCCCGGCAUCCACGACACGCUGCGCCACGGCGUCGGCCCCUCGCCCUUUGAAGGGGCCGCUGCUGCCUCCACCACCAGCAAGCCCGUCUCGGCCCACCCGCUCGAGGCCCGCCUCAAGAACUGGGAGGCCACCCAGGACGCCCUUCGCAUGGAGUCGCUGCGCCGCACCUUUGGCAUCGCCGAGCCCGUCCGCCGCGGCAUGGAGCUCAAGAUUGUCCGUGGCGGCGAGUGGCGCCCCAUGGCCCUCGGUGGUGCCGCCGCCGGCCUUCCCAGCGUCCACGAGGAUAUCCUGCGGGGCAGGGAGGACACGAUUACCUGGGAGGACGUGUUUACCGGCGACGAGACUAGGCCCGUGGCUGGCUUCCACGACGAGAUGGAAAAGAAGCUCAAGAUACAGUAA